AUGGCGGCGCCCUGGCGGCUGGUGUUGGGCCAUGGCCGCCGUACUCUCUCCUCGUCCUCUUACCCCAGCUCGGCAGCCGUUCGGCGCACCUUCCUCCGCUACUUCGAAGAGGUUCACGGCCACCGGCGGGUCCCGUCCUCCUCGGUGCGGCCCCGGGGAGACCCCAGUCUGCUUUUCGUCAAUGCCGGCAUGAACCAGUUUAAGCCUAUUUUCCUGGGUACCGCGGACCCCCGCAGCGAGAUGGCCCGCUACCGUACAGUGGUGAACAGCCAGAAGUGCGUGAGGGCCGGCGGGAAGCACAAUGACCUGGAGGACGUGGGGCGAGACGUCUAUCACCAUACCUUCUUCGAGAUGCUGGGGAACUGGUCCUUCGGCGAUUACUUUAAGGAACAAGCAUGUCGGAUGGCCUGGACUCUACUUACCGAGGAGUACCGGAUCCCCGCCGAGCGCCUCUAUGUCACGUAUUUUGGGGGAGAUCCAACUUUGGGCCUGGCUGCAGAUGAGGAGACUAAAGAGAUCUGGCUCAGUAUGGGCGUCCCCCCAUCUCGCCUGCUGCCGUUUGGGCUGAAGGAUAACUUCUGGGAAAUGGGGGAGACCGGCCCCUGCGGCCCCUGCACCGAGAUUCAUUAUGACCACGUGGGGGGACGCAACGCCGCGGCUCUCGUCAACCGAGACAGCCCCGACGUGGUGGAGAUCUGGAAUCUGGUGUUCAUACAGUAUAACCGGGAAGCAGACAGAAGUCUGAGGCUGCUACCGCAGCGCCACGUGGAUACUGGGAUGGGUCUGGAGAGACUGGUGACCGUCCUUCAGGGCAAACGCUCCAACUACGACACCGACCUCUUCACCCCGAUCCUCCGAGCCAUUCACAAGGGUUCACAGGCUGCCCCCUACCAGGGUGCGCUGGGGAAAGAUGACCGCGGGCACAUCGAUAUGGCCUAUCGCGUGGUGGCAGAUCACGUCAGGACGCUCUCCGUGUGUAUCGCUGACGGCGUCUACCCCGGCAUGUCGGGAGCAGAACUUGUGCUCCGUCGGAUCCUGCGCAGAGCCGUCAGGUUUUCCUCCGAGAUACUUCACGCCCCCUCUGGGUUCCUGUCCUCGCUGGUGCCUGCGGUCGUGCAUGUCCUGGGGGAGGCUUAUCCCGAGCUGCAGACGGAACAAGAGCAGAUUAUGAGGAUUCUCAAUGAGAACGAGGAGGCGUUCCUAACCUCCCUCCACCGGGGGCGCCGAGUAAUAGACCGGACACUCCAGCAAGAACAGACUUCCAAAGCUUUCCCCGUGGACGUCGCGUGGUCUUUGCACAGAAACCUUGGCUUUCCGCUGGAUCUGAUUGAGCUGAUGCUGGAAGAGAAAGGAGUCUCGUUGGAUAAGGAUGCACUGGAGCGCCUCGCAGCAGAGGAGGCAGAGAUGAAGGUGAGACACCAGCAGGGGGACGAGUCUCCCGCCGGUCUGGAGCUGGAUGUGCAUUCACUCAGCGAGCUGAGACGCGCGGGGAUCCCACUCACCGACGACUCCCCGAAGUACAUGUACAGCCUGGGAGCUGACGGGAAGUACGCCUUCAGUCCCAUCCAGGCCACCGUACUAAUGCUCUACAAAGAUCAGUCCCUGCGCACAGAGGUGGGUAGAGGCGAGCACUGCGGGGUCAUCCUGAACCAGACCUGUUACUACGCGGAGCAGGGAGGGCAGAGCCACGAUCAGGGGUACUUCGUUCGCGAGGGGCAGCAGGAUGUGCUGUUCCCAGUGGAGUCGGUGAGAGUAUCUGGAGGAUAUGUGCUACACGAAGUGACCGCUGCCGAAGGGCUCCGAGUCGGGGAUCGAGUCCUGCUCUUUCUGGAUGAGGCCCAGCGCCUCGCCUGCAUGGAGAAGCACACUGCCACCCACCUGCUGAACUUUGCCUUGCGCCGGAUCCUGGGGGAGAGUACCGCGCAGCGAGGGUCCCACGUCACGGCCGAGCGCCUGCGAUUCGAUAUCAGCGUAAAGGACCCCAUUACCAGCCAGCAGCUGCAGGAAGUGGAGAAAUUGCUGCAGGAAGUGAUCGCGCGCGAUGAACAAGUCUACACCUCGCUGGUCCCCCUCGGAGACGCCAAAUGUGUUCGGGGGCUUCGUACUGUGGACGAGGCGUACCCCGAUCCCGUGCGCGUGGUUUCAGUUGGUGUUCCUGUGCGCGGCGCGUUGGACCCGGACUCUAGCGCCGCCCUGCAGACGUCGGUGGAGCUGUGCUGCGGCACCCACUUGCACAGAACCGGCGCCAUCGAGGACGUGGUGAUCGCCUCGGAGCGGCCGCUGGCAAAAGGAAUCACGCGACUGAUCGCUCUGACCGGGGAAGAUGCCAAACAGGCACGAGAAACGGGCCGGGCCCUGGCAGCGGAAGUGGACUCCAUCAGCGAGCGCAUCAGGAAUAAACCCGGCACGCUCGGCGAAGCCUUCCGACUGUCCAAGGAAGUGGGAGUCCUGACUGAUAGUGUGGAUAACGCCAGCGUCCCCCAGUGGCAGAGGAAGGAACUGCAGGUUAUUCUCAAGGCGUUGCAAAGAUCUGCGAACACGGCCAUCCGCAAGCUGGAGACGCGGCAGGCAGCAGAGAAAGCGCAGAGCCUCCUGGUGAAGCACUCCCGCCAGCCGCUUGUUGUAGACGCCGUCGGCGUGGAGUCUCUCUCGAUGCUGGUGAAGGUGGUUAACCAGGUUUGUGAUAAAUCCCCGGGAUCCGCGGUGAUGCUUUUCAGCCAGCAGGAGUCGGGGAAGGUGCUCUGCGCAUGCCAAGUGCCGAAGGGCUUGGCGUCCGUCCUCUCGGCCUCCGAAUGGGCCGUGUUCGUGUGCUCCGGGAUGGGAGGUAAUGCGGGCGGCUCGGACACCGUGGCCAAAGGAAGCGGAUCGAGCCGGAGCCUGGAUCCAGUGAUGAAAUCCGCCCUGGGCUUUGCUAGCGGAAAGCGCUGACGCCGCAUGCUGCGGACGCCACUAGGUGAGGGUCCUUUGGACGCGGAGACCUCCUAAGGGUCUGCACGAGAUUCAUCUCAUG